AUGUCAAGUUCUGAGAACCCUAAACCGCCUCAAGAUGGUCCAAAGAUCUUGAAGAAGCCAGGGUACAGCAACCCUGCCUUUAAAGCCAUGGGAAUACCUACUUUACGUUUACCAUCAAGGAAUUGGAUGAUCUUUUGGACGGUGCUCACAGUGUCAGUCUCUGGUAUAGUAUACGACAAGCAGCAGCAAAAGAAAAUCGUCAAGAAAUGGUGCAAAACUGUGGAACCGUUAUCUGAGGAGAAAUUUCCAGUAAAUGAGGUCCCUCGAAAAGUUACCGUGUUUGUUGCACCUCCUCCAAGCGACUACUUAGAUACAAGCAUGUCUGUUUGGAGACGCUUUGUAAAGCCCGUUCUUUACAGUAGCGGCAUCGAUUACGAAGUCUUUACAGAAGAAAAACAGGGCCCUAUCAGGGCGGAAGUCGCUGAGCGCAUACGAGAACUGAGAAGAGAGUUGAUCAAACAUGAGGAGGACAUAAAACGCUUGAAUGACGAGAAAAAGAUUUGGAACAGAUGCAAGCGUGCUCUGACAGGCAAAUUGCAGCAUAUGCGGUCGUCUGAAGGACUAGACCAGGAGAUAGAGAAGGCCGCAGCAGAAAAGUUCAAAGCUGAGUUUGACUACAAGAACCUUCUAGGAGUGUACUAUAAAAACAAAAACAAAAGCAACAAGGUAGUAGCCGAGGAUGCGCUUGUUUCAAGUCCAGAAAUGGCGGGGGGAGUUAUUUGUAUCGGCAGAGGUGCAUAUAAAGAGUAUAUUGAAGGUGUGCAUGAGGGCAUCCUUGGUCCUCUAGAGCCUACCGCGACAACAAAUGCCCAGACAGAGGCGGCCUCCGAGAAAGCGCCAGCUCUCCCAGAAGUUCUUUCCGGAGCCACUCAGACUGAAGCAAAAGUCGAGAACUCCAACGAAGUCAGCGAAAAUGCAACCCCAAAUACAGAAACUGCACUAACAAAUGAAAGUGCUGAAGCCGAGAGCGCGAAGGAUUCCGAUCUCGAUCCUGAAGGGUCUGCGAAGCCCAAACCUGUACCCAAGCCGUACAUAUCACCCAAAGGCUAUGAAAGUGCGGAAUUACCGCAAGAACUUUCUUCCCCAAACGUCGCCCGGGACUUGAUCACAGGAAUCCCAGCUUUAUUUUACCAGCCCAUUUUAGUCAUCCCGAUGCCUAACUUAGUGGGGUUUCUAAACAUCCCGGAACGCAUAUAUCGGUAUUAUAGAAGGAGGUACUUGGCUGAAGAGUACUGCAAGGCUGCUGCCAGCUGUGUACUACAGAAAGUGAGGCCUUUUGACGGCACAACAGACCUUGAGAUCGCGAAGUCUGAAGAAAAUGACUGGCCAAAGAAAUGGGUUCAACAAGGCCUGGAGAAAGAUAGCCCAUGGGUUCAAGAGCUUCAAGGUGACCGCAGGGUGUUGGAAAAGCUGACCGUUUACGACCCGUCGCUCAUUAAAGAGGAGUGA